GCCGUUUCUGCUAAAAAAAAAAAAAAAAAUACACGCCCAGAAACCACUCGGGAAGGAUCCGGAGAUUCUCUUCUGCAGCACCAUGCGCGCGGGCUCCACUCGCGGCGCGCUGCUGUCAGUCUACUACCCCCAGAUCCUCCUCAUCCUCAGCAGCGGCAGCUACCUUGCCCUGUCCUCGGUGGUGGCUCUGGGUGCGAAUAUCAUCUGCAACAAGAUCCCUGGCCUGGCCCCCCGACAACGUGCCAUCUGCCAAAGCCGCCCAGACGCUAUCAUCGUCAUCGGUGAGGGCGCUCAGAUGGGCAUCAACGAGUGCCAGUACCAGUUCCGCUACGGCCGUUGGAACUGCUCUGCGCUGGGAGAGAGGACCGUCUUCGGCCAAGAGCUGCGAGUGGGCAGCAAGGAGGCAGCGUUCACCUACGCUGUCACAGCAGCAGGCGUGGCCCACGCAAUCACGGCAGCCUGCAGCCAGGGCAACCUGAGCCACUGCGGCUGUGACAGGGAUAAGCAGGGCUACCAAGACCACGAGGAGGGCUGGAAAUGGGGCGGCUGCUCAGCCGAUGUCAAGUAUGGAGUGGAGUUCUCCAGGCGUUUUGUGGACGCCCGCGAGAUAAAAAAAAACGCCCGAAGGCUGAUGAACCUGCACAACAAUGAGGCAGGCAGAAAGGUCCUGGAGGAGAGGAUGAAGCUGGAAUGUAAGUGCCACGGCGUCUCUGGUUCAUGCACCACCAAGACAUGCUGGACGACGCUGCCCAAGUUCCGGGAGAUCGGUUACGCCUUGAAAGAGCGUUAUGGGGCGGCUGUGCAGGUGGAGGCAGUGCGGGCCACUCGUCUGCGACAGCCCUCUUUCCUGCGCCUCAAGCAGGCGCGCGGCUACAUUAAGCCCACUGACACAGAUCUGGUCUACCUGGAACGCUCACCGAACUACUGCGAAGAAGACACAGCCACAGGCAGCACAGGGACACGGGGACGACUCUGUAACCACACCUCACCCCACCCGGAUGGCUGCAGCCUCAUGUGCUGUGGCCGUGGCCACGACACCCACCAGUACACCCGCGUGUGGCAGUGCAAUUGCAAGUUCCAGUGGUGCUGCUUCGUCAAGUGCAACACCUGCAGUGAAAAGACAGAGGUGUUCACCUGCAAAUGAGGAUGAGGAGGAUGAGGAGGAUGAGGAUGAGGGAAGGACAGGCAUGAGGCCGCCAAAAAUGAAGUGGAAUAGGAAGUAAUCUCGCUUUUUCACGGCUUCAUUUUGCACAUCGGGCACUCUUUACCAAGAGAGAGGACAAAUGUUGAAGAGUCUCUGGGGGGGAAAUGGAAAAAUGCACUGGCUAUGAUCUGACUAUGCUUUCUAUGCUAUAUGUGGGAACACAUACAGGGCAGGGAGCUCAGUUCUCAGUCUCUGAAGCUCAAGGAAGGUCAAAGGAGGCUUUUUCUGUGGAUCUGAUGCUCUCCACAUUGCCUAACAAUUGCCAGAGAAAGAAGCUAAAUAAGGGAUGAGAAAAUAAAAUGAACACAAAAUCUCAAAACUGUCAAAUGCAUGGGACGGAAGGAGGAGAGGGUAGGAGAAAGGAACAUUGCAGAGAGUAAAAUGCUGGAAUGCUCGGUCACACUGUAUCUUUGGAACACUGAAAAAUGACUGCUUUUUGUUUCCUUUCCUUCGGAGAGAAAACUGAUAAUCCGUUGAUGUACUGACUUUGUUAAGACAGAUGUUUCUUGUACAACAUCAAGAAUAAUUGCUACUGAUACGUUGCUAAUGUAUUUCCAAAUCUCAUAGAAGUACGCUAAUGCCGCACUUGCACAGAAAAAUUGAGUCACAAACCACUUCUAUUCCCUGCUUUAUUGAUGGAAAACCAGCCACCUAAAUCUACAGCCAAUUAGACAAGAUGCCACUGAGUUAUUGAAUGUGUUACUGAAAGCUGUGUGAGGUUGUUUUGUUGUUGUCUCAACCCAAAUACAUAUUUUUGUUGAACUUUUGUUUAAAAAAAUCCUCUGCAAUACUUUAUCCCAACACCACAAUGGAUGAGGAGACAUGUCAUUGUUUUUCAGCCCAUUUUAAGUCAGUAAAUGUCUGCGUCUAUGUGUGAACAAGGGACCUAUUGAAGGACUAGUCCAGCGUUCAAGCUAAUCUAUGUUAUAUGGUCGAUUACCACGGACAAUGAUUUUGAUGCGUUUCCCUGAACUUAGAAUAGAACAGAACUCCAGACUCCAAAUACGCUUAUAACAGGAGGCAGUGGGAAUUCAGCAACUGCCCAUUGGUUUCUAUUCUAAGUUCUCACAGGUUUUCUGUUCUUUUCAAGGAAGUACUGGGAAACACAUCAAAAGUGUUAUGCAUGGUAACUGACCAUACUGUACAAAUGCAGCAUUUAGAGAACUUUCCUAUGGAACAUGAAAAACAGCAAACUAUUCCUUUAAGAUACUUCAACAAAAUGCAUUCUUGUGACCACAACAUUUCUCACGAAUGCCAGAGAAAUGGGAUUCCACAUCACUAGCCUUGCUUGCACAAGCCAGUUAUACUCCGCCUGAGCCAUUGGAAUUUGCCUAACCAUACAGCUGGGGUUCUGAAAGGUUGAAGGUCAUGACUAUUUUGGGUAGCAACAUUUUUUUAUUCGGUAUUGUUUGUACAAGUCUUAUGGCUGGCAAAAUUGUUAAAGUAUAUUUUUUUAUGUAGAAAAGAUGGCACUUUAUGUCAUGUAUAUUCAGAAAAAAAGAGUAAUUAUUAUUACUAUUUUCCUUAUCAUUAUAUUGUCAUUGUUUCCUCAUGAUUUGAGAACUGCAGAAUAUGCUGAGUUCUGUCCCAAAUUUACUAUGUAUACAUUGUCUCCACUCUGUUUUGUUUUUUGUCUACUUCAAGUUUGAUACAAAUUCAUCUCAUCCUUUUGUAGCCUGGUCAUACUUGUAGUCUUUAUGGCAGUAAAUCAAUAGGUGAAUAAAUGAAUCAAACCGUUUGAGGUUA